AUGGACAAUCGGACUUUAAAGUCACCCAGGAGCCGUCCUUCCCAUAUCGCCAGCACUGCUUCCUACCUCGAUCUGGCUUCCUCUAUCGUCGCUCCGUCUUCCUUUCUCUUCCCCCAGCGUGUCAGAGCCCCGCCACGGCUGAAGUCGCCGCAUCCGAGAUCGCCAGCGCAAACGAUGGACAAGCAGCAACCCAGCUCCUUCCAGCAGCUGGAAAAGCUGGGAGAAGGUACCUAUGCGACCGUCUUCAAGGGCCGUAACCGCCAGACGGGUGAGAUGGUGGCCCUCAAAGAGAUCCACCUUGAUUCGGAAGAAGGUACACCGUCAACGGCGAUUCGAGAGAUUUCGCUGAUGAAGGAGCUGAAACACGAGAGCAUCGUAUCCCUUUACGAUGUCAUCCACACGGAGAACAAAUUGAUGCUGGUGUUCGAAUAUAUGGACAAGGAUCUAAAGAAAUAUAUGGAUUCGCGAGGAGAUCGCGGACAGUUGGACUAUAUUACGAUCAAGUCGUUCAUGCACCAGCUUCUUCGAGGCAUUGCCUUCUGCCACGAGAACCGUGUCCUGCACCGAGAUCUCAAGCCGCAGAACCUCCUCAUCAACAAGAAGGGCCAACUGAAACUCGCAGAUUUCGGUCUUGCCAGAGCUUUUGGUAUUCCUGUGAACACUUUUUCGAACGAGGUCGUAACACUGUGGUACCGUGCCCCCGACGUGCUGCUGGGUAGCAGAACAUACAACACCAGUAUCGACAUCUGGUCUGCCGGAUGCAUCAUGGCAGAGAUGUACACCGGUCGACCUCUCUUCCCCGGUACUACAAACGAGGACCAGCUGCAGAAGAUCUUCCGGUUGAUGGGUACGCCGUCGGAGCGCACUUGGCCCGGAAUCUCUCAGUUCCCAGAAUACAAGCCAAAUUGGCACGUAUACGCCACGCAAGAUUUGAGACUUAUCCUUCCGCAGGUUGACCAGCUUGGACUCGACUUGCUCAACAGGAUGCUACAACUGCGUCCGGAAAUGCGCAUCAGCGCAGCGGAGGCACUGCGGCAUCCCUGGUUCAACGACCUGCCGCAGCUACAGGCACAGCUACAACAGCAGCAACAACAGCAGCAACAGAUGGCCAGUGGUUAUCCUGGAAUGGUCGCAGCACAGCCAGGCUACUAG